AUGGUGACGAAGGAAGAUAAGAAAGAAUUUGUGGAAAAUUUAGAGAAAAUAUCGGCAGAUAGCGAAUCGUUCUCUCCUCUUCUGCAACAGAUUGAUAACAUCACCAUUCAGAAUUUGGAAUAUCCAUGGAAAGGUGUGGAGGACGCAAAACCAACAGAUUUGGAGUACGAACUUUUCUGUGGUGCUCUGGAAUCCUUUUGGUCCAAGCCACUCACCGAGAUUGUUGAUGACUGGACAAUUUCAAUGGAAACUAUUUUACCAACUAUACGAAGUAGCAUACGACUUUAUACCAAAGCUGCAUCCUGUGAAGAAAAGGUACGUGAGAUGGAUGUUGAAUUAGCGAGAUGGGUUGAAUUUGGACUUAACUCAAGUCGUUACACAUCGUAUCCGGGAAACAGUCAGAUGGUUAUGAUCGGUUGCAGUUUAACAAAGCAGCUGUCAGCUAUGCACGAAAAGAAUCUAGGCGUGACAUUUUCUGCUCCCCAAUACCUGCAUUAUAUUAUGGAUAUUAUAUCCUCUAAACAAUAUUGUUCAUCAAUUAGAUGCGAAGCUGCGCAAGCAUUGCUAGAUAUUCUUUUUCAUCCAUCGAUAUCCUGGAAAUUUAUGGUAACGGAAAUUGAAGGAAAUAAAUACACACCGUACGAGCAAGUUGUACAUCUUUUCAUAAAAUCGGAGGAUGUUCCUUUGGAUUUGUUGGCGGUGCUUCAAAAAGUCGCGAGCUAUUUUGCAUUUAAAUACAACACUGAUGUUGUAAUCAACCAUGCACGAAAGUUUUUCAUGGAGGAAGAUUGUGACGUUGAUAUUGAUGCUUCUCAACUGUUCUCAUCUUUUAAUAUUCUGAACAACUUUUUUUCGAAAAUGAGAAAUGACUUCAGUUAUAUGUCAUGCGCUGUACAUCGAGCUGUUGUGAAAGAUUGUUUAAUUCCGCAUAUCUGUGCGCAUAUUGCAUCAUCUAGUCAGGAUGCGCGAAUAAGAUAUUUAGCAAUUCGCUGUCUCCGAUUAUUAUGCGAUUUCGAUGGUAUUGAUAUCACGGGAGCAAUUUUUCUCUCACACAUGGACCCACAAACGAUAUCAUUAGUUGGACGAUUAUUACAACAAGUUUCGGAAGAUAGUAAAGAAGCAUCACUGCUGCCUUACGCAUUGCGAGCAAUCGUAUUAAUUGAUGUGUUUGCUGCUACUGAUGAGAAAUAUAUUUCUAUGAUCAAUGCACCGCAACGUAUAGCUAUUUUGCAAAAUAUGCUGCAUAUGUUGUUAGUCGAGGAGGGUCGUUUUGCAAUGAUUUCCGCGCUAUCGUUUGGUGAUAAUCUGAAACAUUUGUUACAUAUGUGUAAUCUUCAAAAGUCAGUAUUAACACCCGAAGGCCAUACCGAUGAUGACAUCAAAAUGCGCUUCAGACAGACUGCUGCAUACGGAUAUUUGUGUGAAAUUCUCUUUGCAUUAGCACGAAAUCAGUCUAAUGGAACAUUCUGGAGAAAACAUGGUCCAGAAAUCAAUAAACUUAUCGACUGUAACUUCAUCUCAGCUGCAACAUCGUUGAAACAAUGGUUGGAACCAUUUCGAGAGGGAUUGGCGCUUGGCAAAAAUAUAAAUACGUUAAAUUUUCUCACAAUAAGGUUAAAUUAUCACAGUGAAAAAUAUGUAGAGGGUGAUCCACCGUUAGCAUUAGUAACUCUACUACGUCUAAUUGAUGCAAUAUUGGAUGAGGCAGAAAAUGCAACAUUAUUUGAUUUUUCAUCCGAUGAAAUUUGUUUCGAUUAUUAUGCAAAAUUUUAUGAAAACGGUGGAUUAGAGAAAGUUGCAAACGUGUUAGAUGUGGCAAAUGCACAACAAAGUAAACGAAUACGUUAUCGAUGUACCUCACUUGCCGGUGAUUCAUACAUUUAUUGCCAGUUUGUUCGUUCAGCAACAAGCAUUAUAUACAAGUUAUUGUCAUCCUUGCAAACUAUCAAUCAAAAUCCUGAUAGGUUGAUUGUGGACACCUUGUUGAGGACGUAUGCACUUUGUUGCAUGGAUGAAGCAUCAAGCGAUCGCGUAGUCAGAGAAAUCAUUAUAAAUUCAUUUGCGUUAUUUAUUUUUCCAAUUCUAUCGAAUCGACGGGGAUUACGGAAAACUAGUCAGCAGUCAUUUUUGGAGCUUUUUUUCAAUUCAGGCUUUGAAAAACCUUCAAAUUUCUUAGCUACUUUGGAUAUUUUGGUGCAAUUAUUUCCGCUUCCAUCGGGUUUAUUGGCAAAUGUUGUUGGUAUUAAUAUGCAGGAGGCAACUUCAAUGGAGAAAUUAUGGAGCAGUCAUAUUUUAGAGAAUAGAAAACAGCUACAAUUCGCCAUUAUGUUAGGUAUCUCGUCUUCGCAGCGAUUGAAACGAUGUUUAUUCGAUCUCUUUAAACGUUUGGCAUGUUGUUCGGAAAGUAAUGCAUUACGUUUAGUUAAUAUUCUUAUAAAACAAAGCUUACGAAUGUUAACGUCUUCGGCACAUGCAGCUGUUCUUGAUGCUUUCGACGACGAUAUUGUAGAGGAGGAAUCAAAUGUUCGCUUUGGCAAUGCCGUUGAUCUUGUGACGGCUUCAUUUUAUGCGUUCUUAGCCAUCUGUUCUAAAGAAUUUGUGCUUCGAAAUGCUAUGGUUGUCAUAGUUUCCCAACGGAAAAAUUAUAUUCCUACCUUGCUGAAGUUCUUCAAAUUAGCUAGUCCGAAAACUUUACCUCAUGUCUCGUUCCAAACGCACGUCAUUAAAAUUUUUCGUAAUCUUUGCGUUGCUGACAAUAACAUGGAUGGAAAAAUUGAUUGUUUGCCUCGUGAUAUCUAUGUUACAAUAUGUGACAGUCUUGUAGAACAUUUUGGAAAUAUGCAGCACAAUAUAGAAACGGUGGUGCUGGCACUGGAAAGCAUUUGCAACAUAGGACGGUCCUCAACAUUUGGUUGUGCUGUAGUUAACAAUGUUGUGAUUAGUAACGAAGGCGCUUUGUUGCAUUUCAUGGAUCGUUGUUUGAUGGGAGAACCAACUAAUAAACUACUUUUUGAGGUGACAGCUCAUCUCAUCGAUCUUUUCGAAAACAUUUUAAAAAAGGAUUCAGUUAAAUUUGCUGUAAUGAAGUUACAGUCUUCUACCGAUUCCAGACAGCAUCAUCCUUUAAUGCGACUAAAAAAUCAGUUAGAGGAAUCAGGUUGUUCAAAAGAUACGUUGUUGAGUUUGCAAAGAAUGCUAGAUUCUUCGAUUGAAGCAGAAUCUAUUGAGGCAGUACCAGAAGACUUGGAAGCUUACGAAUGGCCUGAAAAUGUGGCUACCGUGCAACAAGUUGACAGCCGACAAAUAACAAAUUAUCAUGUAAAAAACUUGAUGAGUUCAGAUAACGGAGAUUUUCAUAAUAGUGCUACACUUUCUACCAUCGAUUUAAAUAUGCUUAAUGAAGAAUUCUUCCCAGAAAGUGCACUACUUUCUGUAAAGAAGUCAGUAUCUCCAGUUCAGCAGCAAAGUACAAACUCAGUAAGUUUUCAAUCGUGUACACAUAUUUUCUUCUGGAUCGGCUAG